UCCCAGGAUGUCUCGCUUCUGGUAGCGAGCAGCCCUCAGCUCCAGGGACGGAAGGGUUAUUGCUGCGGUGCAGAGCGAUGCAGCUGGAGCAUUGUCUUUCUCCCUCUAUCAUGCUCUCCAAGAAAUUUCUCAAUGUGAGCAGCAGUUACCCACACGCAGGCGGAUCCGAGCUUGCCUUGCAUGAUCAUCCCAUUAUCUCGACCACUGACAACCUGGAGAGAAGUUCACCUUUGAAAAAAAUUACCAGGGGGAUGACGAAUCAGUCAGAUACAGACAAUUUUCCCGACUCCAAGGACACACCAGGGGACGUCCAGAGAAAUAAACUCUCUCCCGUCUUGGACGGGGUCUCCGAGCUUCGUCACAGUUUCGAUGGAUCUGCCGCAGAUCGCUAUCUGCUCUCUCAGUCCAGCCAGCCCCAGUCUGCUGCCUCCGCGCCCAGUGCCAUGUUCCCCUACCCCGGCCAGCACGGACCCGCUCACCCGGCCUUCUCCAUCGCCAGCCCCAGCCGCUACAUGGCUCACCACCCCGUCAUCACCAACGGCGCCUAUAACAGCCUCCUGUCCAACUCCUCGCCGCAGGGCUACCCGGCACCGGGCUACCCCUACCCCCAACAGUACGGCCAUUCCUACCAGGGCGCCCCGUUCUACCAGUUCUCCUCCGCCCAGCCGGGGCUGGUGCCGGGCAAGGCGCAGGUCUACCUGUGCAACAGGCCGCUCUGGCUGAAAUUCCACCGGCACCAGACGGAGAUGAUCAUCACCAAGCAGGGCAGGCGCAUGUUCCCUUUCCUAAGUUUUAAUAUUUCUGGUCUCGACCCCACGGCUCACUACAAUAUUUUUGUGGAUGUAAUUUUGGCGGAUCCCAACCACUGGAGAUUUCAGGGAGGCAAAUGGGUUCCUUGCGGCAAGGCGGACACCAAUGUACAAGGGAACCGCGUGUACAUGCACCCCGACUCCCCCAACACGGGAGCGCACUGGAUGCGCCAGGAGAUCUCCUUCGGGAAGCUCAAACUUACCAACAAUAAAGGAGCAUCGAACAACAACGGGCAGAUGGUGGUCCUGCAGUCCCUGCACAAGUACCAGCCCCGCCUGCACGUGGUAGAGGUGAACGAGGACGGCACGGAGGACACCAACCAGCCGGGCAGGGUGCAGACCUUCACCUUCCCCGAGACGCAGUUCAUCGCGGUCACCGCCUACCAGAACACCGAUAUCACGCAGCUGAAAAUCGACCACAAUCCCUUCGCUAAAGGCUUCCGGGACAACUACGACACGAUCUACACGGGCUGCGACAUGGACCGGCUGACGCCUUCCCCCAACGACUCGCCCCGCUCGCAGAUCGUGCCCGGGGCCCGCUACGCCAUGGCCGGCUCCUUCCUCCAGGACCAGUUCGUGAGUAACUACGCCAAGUCCCGCUUCCACCCCGGGGCAGGAGCCGGCCCGGGACCCGGCGCCGACCGCAGCGUGCCCCACACCAACGGGCUGCUCUCCCCACAGCAAGCCGAGGACCCGGGGGCCCCCUCGCCGCAGCGCUGGUUCGUCGCCCCCGCCAACAACCGCCUCGACUUCGCCGCCUCCGCCUACGACACGGCCACCGACUUCGCCGGCAACGCGGCCACGCUGCUCUCCUACGCGGCGGCCGGCGUCAAGGCGCUGCCUCUGCAGGCGGCCGGCUGCGCGGGGCGGCCGCUGGGCUACUACGCCGACCCGUCGGGCUGGGGGGCCCGCAGCCCCCCGCAGUACUGCAGCAAGUCGGGCUCCGUGCUCUCCUGCUGGCCCAACAGCGCGGCGGCGGCGCGCAUGGCGGCCGGCAACCCCUACCUGGGGGAGGAGGCGGAGAGCCUGGCUCCCGAGCGCUCCCCGCUGCCGGGCGCCGAGGACUCCAAGCCCAAAGAUUUGUCCGACUCUAGCUGGAUCGAGACGCCGUCGUCCAUUAAGUCCAUCGAUUCCACCGAUUCUGGGAUUUACGAGCAGGCCAAAAGGAGGCGGAUCUCCCCCUCGGACACCCCGGUGUCCGAGAGCUCCUCGCCCCUCAAGAGCGAGGUUCUCACCCAGCGGGACUGCGAUAAGACCUGCGCCAAGGACAUCGGCUACUACGGCUUCUAUUCGCACAGCUAGGCCCGGCCCGGCCCCGCCGCCGUUUUGCACAAGAACCUCUCCGCGGUUAGCGCACUGACCCCCGCCCCCAGCU